GGCUAUUUCUGCUCAAAACAAAAAGUCGCAAAGCGGCACUGCCAGAAACAUGCUCGUGCCACCGCUCGGCCUCCUCUGCGCCAUAUGUCUCGUGACGCUGGCUCACGACCCGCAUGCGAUUGAUUCUACACGCCAUGAUGUACUACCGGCAGCAGACCAGCGACCGUGCAGCAUCGCGGACGUCUACAACGAGGCGAGAAAGCGAAUGCAAGCCGCCGAUGCGACAAUGUCGGCCGCGCUCCGCCCUCGACGAGGAGACACAAUCUUGUUUCCGGAAGACGCUCCCGAAGCAAAGUGGUCCUACGGCAGGUAGCCACCGUGUGCAUCAAGCAACGACAAGUCCGACGAUCGAUUUUGCAGAACUCACCGUGUCCGCACGCAGUCUGCAUGGUGUUUAUGAAAAGAGAAGAGGCUGUGUGCGGAACCACGUGCAAGUGCGUUGUAUGUAGAUUGGCAAGGAAUCUUCUAUAAAGGGCAGUGGCGAUUGAUAACGACGCUGCUUUCACUACAGAUACC